CCAUGACAGCUGAGUUUCGAUAGCACCCUUUGUCCCCGUUCAUCGACUUUUGUAAGUCUUUCGAUCAGGCAAGGAAUCUCAUUUAUUAUUUUCGGAUCAAUCUCGAUCAGCAUGUCCAAAGUACACAAUCUGAAUGCGACACAGAGCACAAAACCCAUCAAAGCGACUACCAACAUUCUUUUGCAUGGUGAUGGGGAAAUCCCCGGGGUUUGUUUUGUAGAUUACCGCGAUGAAUCACAGCUUGACGAUGUCAUGUCAUUAGUUGGCCGAGAUUUGUCAGAGCCUUAUUCGAUUUUCACGUAUCGGUACUUUCUCCACCGCUUUCCUGAGCUAUGUAUACUAGCUGUAUCAGAAGAUGCCCCGGACGAGCCAAUAGGAUGUGUUGUUGGGAAAGUCGACGAUGAGGAGCGACUCUACGUUGCGGGUGGCGCCAGCGAUACUACCUCUACCAGCAAAGUCGGCUAUUUGGGCAUGUUGGCCGUUGGUCAGUCAUACCGACGUCGAGGGAUCGGCAAAGAGCUGGUACGGAAAAUUUUGCAGCGAAUGAAAGACAUGGGUUGCGAUAGUGUAAUACUGGAAACCGAGGUUACCAAUCGGACAGCGCAGCAACUGUAUCAAGAUUGUUUCGGUUUUGUGCGCGAAGAACUUUUGGUUCGAUACUAUUUAAAUUGGAAUGAUGCAUAUCGACUCAGAUUGUGGUUUGUCUAAUGUAAAUAAAAUGCAUGAAAAAAAUAGUCCUUGAAAAUGUUAGU